GGCGCCCGCCGCCCGCCGCCUCAGCGCCCCCUCCCCACGGCCGCCGCCGCCGCCGCCGCGCCCGCGCCGCGAUAAAAGGGCGGCCGCGCUCCCUGCUGCGAGCCCAGGGCGAUGACACGGCGGGCGACUCGCUGACCGGAUCGUGCCCGCCCGCCAGCGUGUCCGCCAUGGGCUGCGCCCCGAGCGCCCGCGUCGGCGAGGGCCCGGCGGGGCUGCGCGGCGGCGGGAAGGAGCCUCAGAACGCGCCGCCGCGAGCGUCCGGCCCAAGGACUAGCGGCGCCCUGGCCCGGCCCGGCGACACGGUUCCUGCAGAGCCCGAGCCUCGCGACGGCGGUGGCACGAAGGUAGCAGUAGCUGAUGUGCAGUUUGGCCCCAUGAGAUUUCACCAAGACCAACUUCAGGUACUUUUAGUGUUUACCAAAGAAGAUAACCAGUGUAAUGGAUUCUGCAGGGCAUGUGAAAAAGCAGGCUUCAAGUGCACAGUCACCAAGGAGGCGCAGGCUGUCCUUGCCUGCUUCCUUGACAAGCACCAUGACAUCAUCAUCAUAGACCAUAGGAAUCCUGGACAGCUGGAUGCAGAGGCACUGUGCAGGUCCAUAAGAUCAUCAAAACUCUCAGAAAAUACAGUUAUUGUUGGUGUUGUACGCAGGGUGGACAAAGAAGAGUUGUCUGUGAUGCCUUUCAUUGCUGCUGGCUUUACAAGAAGGUAUGUGGAAAACCCCAGCAUCAUGGCCUGUUACAAUGAACUGCUCCAGCUGGAGUUCGGGGAGGUGCGAUCACAACUAAAACUCAGGGCUUGUAACUCAGUAUUCACUGCAUUAGAGAAAAGCCAAGAAGCUAUUGAAAUUACAAGUGAAGACCACAUCAUUCAGUAUGCAAAUCCUGCAUUUGAAACCACAAUGGGCUAUCAGUCAGGUGAAUUAAUAGGGAAGGAGCUAGCCGAAAUGCCUAUACAUGAAAAGAAGGCUGACUUGCUGGAUACUAUAAAUUCAUGCGUCAGGAUAGGCAAGGAGUGGCAAGGCAUUUACCAUGCCAAAAAGAAAAAUGGAGAUAAUAUACAACAGAAUGUGAAGAUAAUACCUGUCAUUGGACAGGGAGGAAAAAUUAGGCACUAUGUGUCCAUUAUCCGCGUGUGCAAUGGAAACAGUAAGGUUGAGAAAAUACCCGAAUGUGUUCAGUCUGACAGUCACACAGAUAUUCAGACAGGCAAGCAUAAAGACAGAAGGAAAGGCUCAUUGGAUGUCAGAUCUGUUUCCUCAAAAGCAAAUGAAGUUUCCAGCCAGAGACGACACUCCUCCAUGGCUCGGAUCCAUUCCAUGACCAUCGAGGCACCCAUCACCAAGGUGAUGAACAUCAUCAACACUGCCCAGGAGAGCAGCCCUGUGCCAGUGACAGAGGCCUUGGACCGCGUGCUGCAGAUUCUCAGGUCCACUGAGCUGUACUCACCACAGUUCGGUGCCAAGGACGAUGACCCUCAUGCCAAUGACCUUGUUGGGGGCUUAGUGUCUGAUGGUUUGCGGAGAUUAUCAGGGAAUGAAUAUGUUCUUUCAACAAAAACUCUCCAUCAGGUUGCAGUCAGUGGAACCACCCCCAUCUCCCUUCACGACAUCCCGCCUCGGGUUGCUCAGGCCAUGGAGAAUGUAGAACACUGGGACUUUGAUAUUUUUGAACUGGAGGCUGCCACCCACAGUAGGCCACUGAUUUAUCUUGGUCUCAAAACGUUUGCUCGCUUCGGAAUAUGUGAAUUUCUAAACUGCUCCGAGUCAACACUGAAAUCCUGGUUCCAAAUUAUUGAAGCCAAUUACCAUUCUUCUAACCCCUACCACAAUUCCACACAUUCUGCCGACGUGCUCCACGCCACCGCCUACUUUCUGUCCAAGCAGAGGGUAAAGGAAACUUUGGAUCCCAUUGAUGAGGCCGCCGCGCUCAUCGCAGCCACCAUUCAUGACGUGGAUCACCCUGGGAGGACCAACUCCUUCCUGUGCAACGCAGGCAGCGAGCUGGCCCUGCUCUACAAUGACCUGGCUGUGCUAGAGAGCCACCACGCGGCCCUGGCCUUCCAGCUGACCUUGGGUGAUGACAGAUGCAACAUCUUUAAAAACAUGGACAGGAACGACUACCGGAUACUGCGUCAGAGUAUCAUCGACAUGGUCCUGGCCACAGAAAUGACAAAGCACUUUGAGCACGUCAACAAGUUCAUCAACAGUGUCAACAAGCCUUUGGCGGCACUGGAGGAAAACGAGGAAACUAAUAAGGAUGAGGAAGCCAUCCACGCCCUGCUCAGGGCCCCGGAGACCCGGACACUCAUCAAGCGCAUGCUCAUCAAGUGUGCAGACAUCUGCAACCCCUGCCGGCCGCUGCCGCAGUGCAUCGAGUGGGCUGCGCGCAUCUCUGAGGAGUAUUUUUCUCAGACGGAGGAGGAGAAGCAGAAGGAGCUGCCGGUGGUGAUGGCGGUCUUUGACAGGAACACCUGCAGUAUCCCCAAGUCCCAGAUCUCUUUUAUUGACUACUUCAUCACAGACAUGUUCGAUGCCUGGGAUGCCUUCGUGGGCCUGCCAGAUUUAAUGCAGCACCUUGACAACAACUUUAAAUACUGGAAAGGCCUGGACGAAAGGAAGCUGCGGAGCCUCCGGCCCCCUCCUGAAUAGUGUGGGCCACCUAGAGCCCUGCCACUUGGCCUGUCCACCUGGAGUUCGCGAGGGCAGCCACAGUUUGGUGCCACUUCCUAAAUUCCAGAACUCUGAGACACAUGGGGACAUGAGUCGCCUUCUGUGGCCACCAUCUGCCACCACUGAGUGAGCCUGGACCACAAGCGUGGCCUGCCUGCCGUGAGGGCUCCUCUGGAAAGAGUGGGCUUUGUGUCAGCCUUCUGCCCACAGCAGACCCGAGAGCCCCUGAGAGGGACCGUCCCGCCGAGACAGGGACUCUCAUGGCCAGCAGCUUCGCAGCUAUGUCAGCACUCACAGCUAGUGGCAAUGGGAUCGUGAGCAGCCGUUUCUCACUGUGCAGGGUGCGAGCACGCGCUUUGGAACACUACUGAGAGUGACUUCUGUCUUCAAAUUGAGUAGCAAAUGAAACAUAAAAAUUUUGAAGUCGAUUUAUCAAUUAUUAAAAUGUUUUAUUUAUUAGAAAUUCAAUAUUUUCUAUGAAUUUAAAACUUCAAAACCAAAGCCAACUUCAAAUGCCAUGACCAAAUUUACAUGAUUCAUAUUCAUUAACCUGUAUUACUUGGUGUAUAGAUUUAUUUUCAUAAUGGAAAUUUAAAAUACAAAAUGACAUUUUAUUGCACUAUAGAACUGUUUGUGUAUGUUAAACUCUUUUCUGAUUGAUGCUAAUUGGAAAAAGUGGUCUCAGCGGCACUUUCCUGGAGAGCUGAAGGAGACUGCGGGGCUCCCCUGUUCCCGCCGCAUCCAAACCUGGCUCUGAAGCCGAGCUGAGCACCUGACACACUCACCAGGGACUCCUGAUACAAAACUCUUCUUUCCUUGUUUUAGCAAAGAAAAAUUGGACCCUAACACUUUUUCCAAAAAUUUUAUAAUUGAACUUCUAGAAAUUCUAUAAUUGAACUGCCUUAUUUUAUACUAUUUCUAUAAAAUAUUCCCUUUGAAAAUAAAGACCAAACAUGGAGUAUUUAAUAGAUUGACAUUUUAUAACCAGCCUGUUUUCACUGCAGUGGAAACCUUUGAUUCCAGAAAUUUGUAAGGGUUCUGUGUCCUCACAUUCUGAAUAAGGGUAAUACCAUAAAAAUGACACUUGAUGACAUGUCCAAGUGUUAGCUGUUUCAUUUUAAACUUCUAUUUUUUUUAUUUCCAGAUAAAAAUGAAAUUAAACUAUUUGUUUUUAAGAAA